CACCGCGCGACGUCAGUGUUGCGUUUGUCGCAGUGGGAAGGAGAGGUGUUGCUCCUGCGCGCUCGGGACUCCGCCUCACGCUUGUCUGUUACUUGUGCAAUUGAAGCCCUACCAGUGAUCAUGCUGAAGUGUCGGCGCGAAACCCCUUGAUUAUACGGACGUAGCAAACAUGGAGUGCUAUGAGUGUUCAGUGUGAGUGGGGAAAAUAAGCGUAGAAAAAGAGAAUUAGGGGAAAAACAAACGAGAAUUGAUAAAAAGGGCGAGAGGAGGAAGGACCUAAUCUCGGCAUCCCGAAGCCUCGUCGCCGAUCUACAGUGACAUGACGCGCCUGGCAUGAGCAAUGUUGACGUUGCUGCUGGUGGUGGGUGCGGUGACCUGCUCCCCGCUGCCCAGCGACUUCCCCGCCCACGCCGCCCAAGAUGCCGCCCACCACGUCGAAGUCACCCACGAGGUGCGCCACGUUACGUUUGAAGUCAGCGAGGAGGUGAGCGACGUCACCGCCUCGUCUCAGGUCCCCUCCGCCGUCCCCCCCGAGGAUGACCCCCCCAUCCCCACGGCGACGACCCCCCCGACCCUCCCCGACGCCCACCUCCCGCACCACACAGCCCACCUCGACCUCCAGCCCGCCCACCACACGCCGCCCGAGGAGCACGGACUGGAAGAAGAGCACGGACUGGAGGAGGAGGAGGAGCACGGACUAGAGGAGGAGGAGGAGCACGGGCUGGAGGAGGAGGAGCACGGGCUGGAGAAGGAGCACGAACUGCAGGAAGAGCACGUACUGGAGGAGGAGCACGGGCUGGAGGAGAAGGAGCAUGUCGCUGACACUGAAGGAUUCCUCUCCGACGACCCGACCGUCGAGGACUCCGUGAAGGACGAAGGGAGUCUAGGCUCUCUCCAGGAAGGCGAGGACGUGGAGCUCGAGGCCAAGGAGGAGGAAGGAGGACUCGGGGAGGACACGGCAGCGGAGAGGGUCUCGGGGGAGAGCGCCUCGGAAGAACAUGACCCGCAGGACAUCGCGAAGGGCGUCGUUCCCGAAGACACCGCGGCCGAGGAGACCAGCCUGGCGGAGGACGCGUCGGCCGGCCCGGAACACCCACUGGCAGAAGACCAAGAAGAGGAAAGUGCAACACACGGCGCCGAACUGCAUGAACACGUGACGGACGAGAGUGUAGUGGAGGAACAUGUGAGUGAGGAAAGUGCAGUUCAGGAGGAAACGUCAGAACAAAGUGUUGCCGAAGAAAACACCCCAGAGGAGAGCAUAGUGGUAGAAAAAUCGCCCGUGGAAAAUGUAGAGAGCAAACCAGAAGACUCAGUACCUGAAGACAGUGACCUUGGAGAAAGCAAAGCAGCUGGAAGCUUUUCAGAAGCAAAUACAACAGGUGAAGACGCACCAGGAGAGGAAAUGACAAACGAGAAUGUUCAGGCAGAGAGUGUCACAAUGGAAAGCGUGUCAGAAGAGAAGGCAGUCGAGAAGGAACCAGAGGAAGAGACGCCCGAACAUGCCGUCGAGAUGAUGCUAGCCGACGAGACGCGAGAGACUGUCGUUCUGGCCGAGCCCGUCGUCGAGGAGAGUGGCAGCAAAGAGGAAGAGAAUAAGACGGGAGGGGAGCCUGUCUCGGAAAGGCACACCGCGGAGGAGGACGUCGCAGAGGUGGCCGCCCCGGGGGAAGGUGAAGAAAGCGGAGCCCAAGAGGACGUCCCACAAGACCAGGCUGCGGCAGAGGAGGAGCUGGAGAAGGAGGAGCUGGCUACGGCGGCACAAGACACGGAGAGUCCUGGCGAGGAGCAGGAGGAAGUUCCAGCAGACGCAUCGGAGCAGGAAGUUAGCCAUGAAGAACCCAACUCAACAGAUAUCAUGGAUCCCAGGGUUAAGAAGGAAGUAGAGAUUACCGAGGAAGAAAAAAGAAGCGCCGAGGAAACUGCAGAAAGCGAGGAGAAACCCGAAGGCGAAAUCAUGCCCAUCGAUCUGGAAGCCUCGGAAGAAGAGGAUACGCAGCCGAUCCCAGACGCGGCCGAAGAGGACCAUGCCGGGCCUCCCUCCCCAGCCGAAGGCCAGAGUGACCAGGGCGGCGUAGCCUUCGUCAACGAUGCGCCGUCAUCCCUGGACAGCUCUGAGUUAUCCUCCGAACACGUCCCCAUCCCGGUGGAGAGGCACGCGGACAGCGAGAGCGACAGCGGGGUGGAGAUGACGCCGCCAGAAACACCUCGCAAAUCCCGCAUCUACAUCGAGAAUGACUAUGAAGACCCCGCCCAUGCCACCCACCCCGAGGACCCCGCUGUUUCCGAGGACGCCGGUCAAGAGGAGAGCGAGCACAGAGUAGUCAACAGCGGUCUCGAGAGCAUGAGCAUGACCUCGCCGACUCCUGAGGUGCCACCGGAAAGUAUGCCAGUCGAGAUCACUGACGAGGAAGACCAGGUUCCUCCUGCCAACAGUGAGGAAAUAGAAUCGGUCACUCCGCCCCUCGACGCCGCAGAGCCAGAGGAGAACAUCACCACAGUCAUCGAUAAGGUCGAGGAGCCUCCCGCAGUGCACGAGACGGAGGAGGAAGUGAGCGUAGUCGAGGACGUCCCUCCGAGUUCGAGUGCUGCCCCAGUGCUCGCCGAUGAUUACUCAGACUCCUACACUGAUCCUCUGAAUGUGGCCGACCUGCCUGACAUCGACGUGACGCACGAGGACUUGCCAUCCAAAGACCACCCUCUGGACAAGGGCGAGGAAGCCGGCGCUGGACAGCCCAGUGAUCAUGCAGGUGAGGUGGCAGGUGACUCCAGCGACCUGGCGGCGAGUGACCACAUGCUGGAGGUGGAAGCAGGCACGCCUCGGGUCCUGCCUCCCCAGCAGGAGCAGGUGAGCGCCGCAGCUCCCACGACCCUCACCGUCGGAUGCAUCAUCGGCAUCGUCUUCGGCGUCCUCAUGUCUCUAGUCAUUCUCGUCGGCGUCGGAGGUUUCGUCCUGUACCAGCGACGAACUCUGAACCGCCCCAAAGCCCUGAACUCUGACCGAGGCUACGCAGGAAGUGACUCCGGAGGAUACAUCGACGACCAAGCUCACGGCGGUUCACGCAACUAUACUAAGGUUUCUAUUCUAGACUUAACUCUUUUUCGGAAGAAAUUAUUAGUAGCAUUAGGCUUCCUAGAAAGCCCUUGCGUACACCAUAAUACAGUAACACCAUCGAUCGAACACAUACAGCUUGUAAGUGAUAUAAGAAGUCUCCACCUGCCGUUCAACAAUGUCAACAAGUGUUCUAUGUUCCAGGUGUUGGCCUUGAUCGCGAUGGCGGGCGUGUGCGUGGGAGCUCCGCAAGGUGCUUUCAACAUUCCUGUACCCAGCAUUCCUUCAGGUCUUUACGGUCUGCCCAACGCUGGUGGUGCCUCCUCUAGUGGGGCCACCUCAUCGGAUCAGGGCAUCCGGGGGGUAGUAUCUCAGUUAAAUCCACUGCCUGCCUCGCCCUCUGCCCCUUCGCCGCCAUCCGCACCCGCCCCGCCACCUGCGCCCACCGCUCCGCCCACGACCACCACCCACAUGCCACCCAUGCCAUAUCAGUUCUCCUACAACAUCAUGGACGGAAUCUCCUCGGUCUACUCCUCGAGGACGGAGGAGCAGCUGGAAGACGGGCCACUCGUCGGAAGCUACUCGUACCUGCGUCCCGAUGGCGUCUACAUGACCGUUAUGUACGUUUUUGUCUUGUUUUUCUCCUUCUGUUUUAUUCUCUUGUAUUUCCAUGCGUGGUUCUUGUUUCCUUCAGAACUUUGCCUUCCCCUUCACCUCCGAGUUUCGCAACUGAAGUACACGGCCGACGAGAACGGCUACCGCGCUGAGGUGAAGGAGAGCCUCGAGGCACCGCAGGACCUCCAGUCCGUCGAGGACAACCGCGCUAAGUACGAGGUGAGCCUACCCGGAGCCGAGACGUACCUGGUGGACGUGACCGACGACGAGCUCCGCGAGUACAUCCUCCAGGCGGCGGCGUUUGAGGCCUCGCAGGUCCAGGCGACCACCCUUACGCCACAGACCCAGUCGCAGUCCCUCUCGCAGACUCAGACCCUGUCGCAGUCUAACUCCCAGUCCCAGUUCUCCACGCUGACGCAGCCCCAGGCCCAGGGCACCAGCUCCACCUCCCAGACCUCCAGCUCGAGCACGAACCAGUCGCCGCCAGUGAGGGGCGUCCAGUCCCCCUCAGGCUACAGCUACCCCCAGCCCUCCAUUCCCUUCGGGUUCUCCCAACCUUAAUUCCCCUUCUUCCACUGUCCCUUAAUUCCUCUUCUUCCACUCUCUCUCCUAAAUGAAAUUCCUUCUCGUCACAGAAAGAGGCGAUAAUGACAACUUGUUAUAAACCUCUUUCUUGUGUAUUUAUAUAUCUUUGAUCUCACGAUUUUGUAUUUCGUCACAGAAUAAAAUAUC